AUGGCGCCUAGGUGGCCACAGGUGAACGAUGGCCCCGAACACAUCAACGAGCACGCCACGUACCUCAGAAAAGCAUGCAACCAGUUGCAAGCGGUGGGUAGAGGAAGGCAGAACCAGGUCCCAUGGAAUAUAGUGCAACCAUACUUGGCCUCGACCCUUGCGCUCAUUGGCAAAGUCCUGCGGCAUGCGAUGGAUGAGAUCCUGCAGCACGUCCAGGACGCGGCCAAAUGCACACAGAACAUCCAGAAAGAUAUCACGGUCAUUAGGAAGUGCUCCCGGAACGGAGGAUCCAUUAAAGAGUGUUAA